GGCCUAAAGCAGUCGCAGCCAAAGCACCUUGAGGGCCGGUUGCGCCGCCGACUGGUUUUUCGUCCGAGGCCGCCGACGGCGUCUUCGCGAAAGUUUCGCACGCUUCAUUCAACUCGCCGCUCUCCGAGUCGACACCGACAAACCGAAGAACCGACCCGAUCUGAGAUCGCCUUACCUCUCACAGCCAGAACAGCCGAGUCAUGUUCAAAGAUUUGGUGUUACAUCGAGUGGACGACUACGCUGGAUCCGGAAGAAGCGUCCAGACGACGACGAGCGUGUGAACGGCGUGCGCGGUGCUGUGUUGGUCAAGUCGUGUGGCCGCUGUCGCUUUUUUUUCUUUCUUUUCUGUGGUGCGUCGCUGGGCCGUCGCAUCGGAGCCUCAGGAUUUGUCGCAUGUCACCGUGAUUCGCACCCGGAGACAUGGCACAGCCCAGUAUGGUCACGCUGGCGACGUACGUCGCCCUGUCCUUGAUGGUCGCUUUCCAUGGAAGGCUCGUGUCGGGACAAAAGGGUCAGCAAGAAGUGGAACCCGAAUUUUCGCCAACUGUGACGGCCAACUGCGACAAGGGCUUCAUGGUGAUCUCGGUGCUGACGGAGCAGCCGUUCGACGGGAUCCUCCACACGAGGGACACGAGCGACCCCAGGGGCCCCAAGGAGUUGCGCAGGGACCCCUGCAUCACGUACGGCUCCGGGGCAAAGAACACCUCGCUGCGCAUCAGCCUCUUCCCGGGUCCCGACGAUCCGCUGUACUGCGGCGUCCGGCGAAGGGAAGGUACCGAAGAGCGGUCUGUGGCCAUAUCGAUCCGAGUUCACAAGGCUCUUGAGCUUUCCGACGACAAGUCCUACGUCAUCACCUGCGGGAAAAACAACUUCAGGAACGCCAGGAAUGAGCUGUACCGGGUGUCACUUGGAUUCUUGGACGCAGACAAGAAGGUUCAUGAGCUCGUCAUUGGUCAUCAGUAUGUCCUCAGGGCAAGUGUCAAUGGUCCUGGUGGUAUCGAAGGCUUACGAGUCAAGUCAUGCUUUGGCUUUGCUCCCAACACAAGUGAGGUGGAACUCAUUGACAUUAAUGGGUGCCCCAAGACAACGUUCCUGUCCGAAUUCAAGUACAACGAGACGUCGGAAACCGCGGAUGCAACGGUGUCGUCAACGUUCCGGUUCCCCGGGAGCAACAGGAUCAACGUGCAGUGCGACAUUGUCGUCUGCCAGUCGGCCAGGUGUGCGCCGACGUGCCCAAGCUCUUCCUCGGGGUCCUCGCCUACAAAGUCACAACCGCAGCAGGCGAAGGACGGUGAAUCGGCCGUUCAACUGAUGGCAUCUACAGCCGUCUUUGUUGUGGAACCUGGAGAAAGCACCUCUUCACCGAUCCGAGAGUGCACCGAGUGGCGCUUCCCGUGGCUCAUCGGCCUGUGCAUCUGCCUGGCCAUCCUGCUGCUGGUCAUGCUCAUCGUCAACAUCUUCCUCUGCUCCUCCCUCACGUGCACCUGCACCAAGACAGAGGUGGAAGAAAAGGAGCCCUCUGAAAUGGAGGACUACGACCCAUACAAGGUCGGCUGGGCACCCAGCUCCCAGUACGGGUCCCGCACCUCACUCAACAAGCCGGGUUACGCCUCGGGUGGCUCCACCCUCAACUCGGCGCGUUCCGUGAGCAACGGCAGCGACCACUACACCAUCGUCCACUCGCGGCCCAACAGCCGGUACUCGCACCACUCCAGCAAGGAGCCGCUGCACCGUGCCGGGCCAGGCUCGCACCUGUCCAACGGGCACGGACACUACAACUCCAGGAUAUAGGUUCUUCAAUGCCGUGGCGUCACUCCUCCUGGAGACCGAACUUUUAUGCACCGCAAGCGCUUCCGUGAAUCCCGGUGGGACCGUUUCCCCCGGAUGCCAAAACAGGGAUUGCGAAGACGGCGUGUAAAAAUUAAGGACAGCUGCCCCUCGUUCGUCACGGGGUGUCGAGCGUUUUUUACGCUGAAACACCCGCACAAUGUUCGCGGGAGACCUCGUGUUAUUUCUGUGACGGCUGUACCGUAAAAUCUUGAGAGAUGCCCUACCCCCCAAAAGGUAACCUGCUCCCCAUUUUUUGGCUCGAUUUGCUAUUUCUUUUUUGAACACCGAAAGAUAGCCCACUCUUAGUAAUCUUCGUGUUUGGAUCAACGAUGACCUCUGCGUAAAUGCAUCUAGUUAGCUAUGGCAAGAUAUAAGCGAACAUUGCAGACUGGGAAGUGUGGUCAUGUCUGCUUCAUUGCCCCUUGCCACGAUAACAAGUUUGACAAAGGCACGUGGUCUAAAAAUAGCAUAUUUUUCAACUUUUCUUGGUUGCACGCUGAAAGUUAGCCCACUCCUUAUUUCACCCAAUUUGCUCUCCAUUUUAGGUGCGCCAUCUCCCGGGAUUUUACGGUAGUCCGUUGCAGGUUAAGAAAAGUCUGACAAGCUCGUCCCAUAGGGCCCCCCCAUUCCUCCCGCUUUAGCAGAGCGAACGCUGGAGAGGAGGAAGCAAUUUCGGCGAGCAGAGAGCUUCUGUAAGAGGGGCUUGUCCCGAUUUUCUUAAAACCUCAACGGACUAUGGAAGCGAAUGACGAUGCGAGACAAGACCCGUGUUUCGUUGAGUUGAAACGAGGUUGCUCAUGUGCCUUUUGGAAUUUUAAUGAUGGUGGUCAAGUAAAGGAGGAGUUGGCUGCUGAAUUCACCCGAACCAAACACACCUCGCUUGUUUCGAAACUCGCGAGGUUCGGGCUGGGGACGUCCAGGUUUGUUUGACACAGCUGGGCUACAUUGGUUCGGGUUUCACUUCCUGCGCGCGACAGCGAACGUUAACAGCUCGAGAGAGCACUCGUUCGUAGAUGAUAGGCAUUGAACUUACGUUGUAAUGAAACUAACAAAGAGAGUUCUUAUAGCUAUUUUUUUUCUUUUAGCCCAUAAUUAUUUGGUUGAUCCAAAACGAAUUUCCCCGUUUUGAACUGGUUAGUGGCCUAGCAAGAAGUGUCGCGAACUAAUUGAAGAAUUGUAAAUAUAUACCGGUCACAAUGCUUUUGCGAUGGCAAAGUUGAGGCUUGUCGGUGGUCACGUCCUGUUGUGGAGUAAAUGACGUCGGCCGCGUUGUGGCCUAUUUCGUGUCUAUUGUUUUCUGAGCAACAUUCCGGAGGGACUAAGCCAUGCUUUGUGUGCUUACAUGCACAUCUUGAGGUGUGUGUGCAAACACUCUUCCAAUGGAUCAGUGUGCAAUGCAUGUGUACUUUUUUUUUUAUUACUCUCAAUAUCGUCCAGUUUCCUCCAAACACCUAGUCCAUGCUCAAUGCUUCAGACAAGAAUGACUACUAUGUAUAAAAGACAGUUCUAUAAAAGUAUCCAGAAGAAAUCGCAGCUCUGUAGUUUAUAUCGACGUUGUCAUGACACCAGCUGCUGAUAUACAUGGGACAUGUCACAAUUAAAAUGGGAGAAUUUGUUUUUCUUUCUUAAUUUAUGUAUUAAGCAUUACUUAAAAGUUUGCUGCAGCUGCAAAUUUUUGUUAUUUGUUGUGGCUUUAUGUAACAGAUUUUAAGCAGAACGAUAUGUUUCUGUGAUGGAACUACAUUCUUUUGUGCCCACAGUACCCAGAGCAAGAUGUGUGACACAUUUUGUUGACUGCCCCUCCCUUGGGACAUAUGUAGGCUUCUUCGAAUUUUAGACACAAUCAGCUGCAGUGUCUAACAAGAGAAGGGAACCUAUCUGGGGAAUGGGCCAUAUUUCUUAAUUUUUAUAAUGUCUAUAUUUAAGAAACAAAGUGCCUUCAGACUGACAGAUUUUAACGUGCCCCGUGACUUAAUUGUUUUCGUACUGUCAGCAGACGUGUGGCAUUCAGGGAAUGCCAAGACGCCCGUUUUUAAUAUGAAGUUUUUGAUAUGCUAUUUGUUUACUAAUUACAAAGUGCCAUUUGAUACCAUGUAAUGCAGAAUUAUAUAGGAAGAGUAGUAUAUUUGUGUUGUGUCUUGUAGUAUCGCAGAUAGAGAGACGUGAAUCAAGUGAGAUCAUAAAAGUGAUUACAAGACUAUGUGCCUAUACACGCAUGCAACCGUACAUCAUAUUACGAGAGUAUAAAUAACCAAGCAAACCCGUCCCCCUAAACUGGCUCAAAAAAUGUAACCUGUGACAUGGUGACAACUUUGAGCGCAUAUAAUUUGUGUCUUCAUUGGCAGAUUGAUCGCUGUAGCACCUCAAACUUGUCUAGAGAUAUGUCUUAGCGUGAAGUCGCUUUUCUGUCCUGUUGGUAUAAAGUGCAGUUGUCUGAUGCAAAAUCUCUUCUUGCAACAAAUGUGAAUUUUUAAAUUGAAUGUACCAGUCAAAAAAAUAUUAUGGGUUUUCCUCCCAAUGUUUUACUUCUUACGCAGUGAACUAACUUGGGUAGGAAAAACAAGCACUUGCAAGUAAGAAGAUCAAAACAAUUUUGCCCCAAGAUGGUUAGAUUCUUUUGUGGCAAUCUCAGAAUCGGGAAAUGUUCACGCUUGCCAGACCUUUCGUCUUAUGCAGUGUGCCCUAUGAGGCCUAUGUAGGCCUCAGAUGGGUCUUUGUAGGUCACAUACUGCAUGCUACUUGGUUUUGCACUUGUGAUUCACAAACAAAUCUACAUGUUUUUUUUUUAAUUACAUUACUUUUUUUUAAUAAGUACAUGUCACUCAUAAUGCUGGAUUGGAGAAAUUUUCUAAGAAUUAUGCCUAACUAAAUGGCCAAUUUUUUAAAUAGAAAGGCCUGGUUAAAGGCCCAAUUCCACCAUAUAUAUGCAAUUUUUAAGGAACCUGCUCUGGCAGCAGAAAUAACUUGCAAAAACACCGGAAGAGAAUGGUACACAAAUGACAUUGAGAGCCUGCAGUCGACAAAAGGGUAUGACGGCGUCAAGAGUCAUCCUACUCUUUCAGAUAAGGCGUAAGUGAUACAAUCAUAGGAAAUUGAACAGACAGAAAUCAUAGUUGAAGGCAGAUGGCAUAGGACACCUCAGCCUGGUUAAACGUGUUGUCUAAAAUUAUAUGCAUCUGCUCAAAACUAAUGUGCGGUUAUCCUCUGCUCAUAACACCAUACCUAGAACUGUCAUCCAUGUUAGAACAUUCACCGAAUUCUGACACCAUCCUCAUGGCAUAAAACAUGCUUGCUGCAUUGAUAUAUAGUGUGUACAUAUUCACAAGCUGUACAUUAAAAUUUGUGUUUUUCGA